AGGUGCCAUCUGUUGGAGCCGUAUAUUGUCGUCACGUUCACCUCGCCUCUGCUCUAAACCCCACCCCUCACUCGCUUCUCUCUCUCUCUCUCUCUCUAUCUCCAUUUUCACCCUAUCGAUUCAUUCUCACCUUCAACACACACACACACACACACACACACACUCUGUGUGUCCUUCUCUCCAUUCUGAAGUUUAAUCUUCCAAAAAACCUCUCACAUUCGACCGAUUUACGCCAUGGAUCCUACUCGAGCUUUCGUCAAAAACGUCAAACGUGUGGUCGUCAAGGUGGGAACAGCUGUGGUAACCCGAGAUGAUGGAAGGUUAGCUGUUGGCCGGCUUGGUGCUAUCUUUGAACAGCUUGAAAAGUUGAACUCUCGAGGCUUUGAUAUCAUUUUAGUUACUUCAGGAGCUGUUGGAGCUGGCCGCCAAAGGCUUAAAUACAGGAAAAUGAUCAACAGCAGUUUUGCUGACCUCCAAAAACCACAAGUUGAACUUGACGGAAAAGCGUGUGCAGCCGUUGGUCAAAAUGGUCUGAUGGCAUUGUAUGACACUUUAUUCAGUCAGUUGGAUGUGACCUCCUCUCAACUCCUAGUCACCGAUAACGAUUUCAAGAACGCAGAUUUCAGGAUGCAACUUUCUCAAACAGUGGAUUCGUUGUUGGAUCUUAGAAGCAUUCCGAUUUUCAAUGAAAAUGACGCAAUAAGUACUAGGAGAGCUCCUUAUGAGGAUUCUUCCGGUAUUUUCUGGGAUAACGAUAGCUUGGCAGCUCUGCUGGCAAUGGAACUGAAGGCAGAUCUUCUUGUUUUGCUCAGUGAUGUCGAUGGUCUCUACAGUGGGCCCCCCAGUGAUCCGCGCUCAAAGCUUAUCCAUACGUAUGUUAAACAAAAACAUCAAAAGGCGAUUAGUUUUGGAGAUAAGUCAAGGAUGGGAAGAGGUGGGAUGGAUGCAAAAGUCAAAGCUGCAGUCAAUGCAGCUUAUUCUGGUACACCAGUCGUCAUUGCAAGUGGAUAUGCUCCUAAUAACAUCAUAAAGGUUCUAAACGGAGAACGUGUGGGUACUCUGUUUCAUAAGGAUGCACAUAUGUGGAUCCCACUUACUGAAAUUGGUCCACAUGAAAUGGCGGUUUCAGCCCGUGAAGCCUCUCGAAAACUUCAGGCGCUAACAAGUGAAGAGAGGAAGAACAUUUUAUUGGAUGUAGCUUCUGCAUUGGAGGCGAAUGAACAAUUCAUCAUGCUUGAGAAUGAUGCUGACGUUGAAGCUGCACGUGAUGCGGGAUACGAUGAAGCUUUGGUAGCUCGUUUAGCUUUAAAACCUAGCAAGAUACGCGCUCUUGCAGAAUCUGUUCGUAGACUGGCAGAAAUGGAAGAGCCCAUUGGUCAAGUUUUGAAAAGAACAGAGCUCGCAGAAGGGCUCGUCUUAGAGAAGAAGUCAUGUCCUUUAGGUGUUCUACUCAUUGUUUUUGAGUCUCGGCCCGAUGCAUUAGUUCAGAUAGCUUCUUUGGCAAUACGUAGCGGGAACGGCCUACUAUUAAAAGGAGGUAAAGAAGCUAAACGGUCAAAUGCGAUACUGCACAAGGUGAUAACUUCUGUCAUCCCGGAAACUGUCGGAACAAAACUUAUUGGAUUAUUGACAUCACGGGAGGAUAUCCCGGACUUGCUGAAGCUUGAUGAUGUGAUAGAUCUUGUGAUCCCUAGAGGCAGUAACAAACUUGUUUCCCAAAUAAAGAACUCGACUAAAAUUCCGGUUCUUGGUCAUUCUGAUGGAAUUUGUCAUGUGUACGUCGAUAAAGCUGCUAACUUGGAAAUGGCAAAGAAGAUUGUAUUGGAUGCAAAAACAGAUUAUCCAGCGGCCUGCAAUGCUAUGGAAACACUACUGGUGCACAAGGAUUUGUUGGCUAGUGGAGGGCUGCAAGAGCUUGUUAAAGAGCUUGAACAAGAAGGUGUUACCCUAUUUGCUGGACCGAGAGUGAACGGUGUGGUUAGCUUCUCAAAGGCAGAUACAUUCCAUCACGAGUAUAACUCAAAGGCUUGCACUAUUGAAAUAGUGAACAAUGUUGAUGAGGCCAUAGAUCAUAUACACAGUUAUGGAAGUUCCCACACCGAGUGCAUUGUUACAGACGAUCAAGAUGUUGCUGAACAUUUUCUAAAUCGAGUCGACAGUGCUGCAGUUUUUCACAACGCAAGCACAAGAUUCUGUGAUGGGGCUCGGUUUGGACUCGGAGCAGAGGUUGGAAUCAGUACGAGCAAGAUCCACGCUCGAGGUCCAGUUGGUGUAGAGGGACUCUUAACAACAAGAUGGGUGUUGAGAGGUAAAGGGCAAGUGGUGGAGGGUGACAAGGGAGUUGUUUACACUCACAAAGACCUUCUAAUGGUUAACGGUUCUAACGGCUCUAACGGUUCUAACGGCUACUAGACUCUUGUUAUUGUAUCAGUCAUAACUUAAGGUUUUAUUUUUAUGUUGGAUUGGGAUAUUAAACGAACAAAUUAAGAUUGUCAUUAGUUGAAUAAUGUAUUAGUGACAGCUUAAUUACAUAUCCAGUCAUGUGUUCUUCAUGUUGACUUGGUAAGUUGUUUUGGUCU